AAGGUAGAUCUGACAAUGGAGUUUUAUUACAGAUCUUCCAAUGCCUGUUUUCAGGGUAAGAGAGAAAGUUAUGAUCAAGAAAUGAAGGAAAACUUUCUGAUUCCCAGGAAGCGUUUGUACUCUUGUUCAGAGGACGAGGACCGAGGACAGGACAGUGACGCAGACAGUAGUGGCCAUGCUGAAGAUGCAAAUUCUGAAAUGGAUGAAGGCCAAAUUAACAGAGUGUCUCGGAUGUUUCUUGAAGAAUUUGAUCGAAGGUUUCGAGGAAAAUCGGAGGACUUUGACUUCGGGGAGUCCAGAGCCCCAAGUGUGAACUCCUCUGACGUGGAUAAUGACAGUGAUAAGCAGGAUUAUGAUGAGGAAGAUGGGAAGUGCAAGAAAAAAGGCACUGGAUCAAAAACAGCCAGUGGUGAAGGGAAGAAGUUGAGCAAAGAGGCGUGGUUGCUGAGGGAAAGGAUGUGGAACGCUGUAGACAGGGACGAGCUAUCGCCUUCGGAGACGGAGAGACUGUUGACUGGGUCCUGUACAAGCCUAAAUGCUGGGAUCGCGCCAGUCAAGUUUUUCACCCAUGAGUUAUCCAUCAGAGGGAGGUUGCGGAGACUCCUGAUCCGAAACUCUUCAUCACGUCUAGCCAGUACAUUCUUUGAUCUGAUCAUCCGCUGUGUGAUAUGCCUCAUCUACAUCGUGCGGGUUCACCUGGAUGACACAUCGCUGUACUCAUGCAAUGGCCGACCUGCUCCCUGUAAACAGAACAACAACACCGAGGAGGAGCAGGGGGAAAUGCUGUUUUCCUCCACAAACAUCAACUGGUACGUGUUGUUGUGGGUGCAUCGGCCGCUGUGGCUGUGGAUCAUGCAAGUCUCUCUAUCGGCAGUCACCAUCUUUAAGGCCUUAAUUCUAGUCUACGUCACAACAAAGGGUCACAGGAUGGAGCAGAUCCUCACAACCAAUUUCUUCCUGGAGGUGGUCUGCAGCACACCAUAUCUGAUGACAUUGGCCUACCCUCCUCUUAUGCAGCACCUGUUUGUGCCUGGAUUCCUCAACUGCUGGUUGGCCAAACUGGCACUGGAAAGGAUAUUUAAUGACCUUCACUUGACCCGGACACGCUUCCAGACCAUCUCAGUGACGUUGUCCCAGCAGAUCCUGCUGUUGGUUGCCAGUCUCUUCUGUAUGGUGUUCACCACAAUCUGUGGAAUCCAACACAUCCAGAGAGGCAGCUCAGAGACGCCUCUGACAAUGUUUGAGUCUUUAUACUUUGUCAUCGUGACAUUCUCAACGGUCGGCUAUGGAGACAUAUCACCGGACAUCUGGCUGGGCCAGCUCUUUAUGAUCCUCAUGAUAUGCAUCGCGCUGGCUUUCAUACCAAGACAGAUUGAAGUGAUAGCCUCUACAUGGAUCGAGCGGCAGAAGGCCGGGGGAGAGUACAGUCAUCGAGCAGCGUCCAGAAACAAACACGUGGUGGUCUGCUCCAGUGUCCUCAACGUCGAGGCCAUCAUGGACUUCCUCAAUGAGUUCUAUGCCCAUCCUAAGCUAGAGGAACACAUGGUCAUACUGCUGAGCCCGAGGGAGCUGGACAACAGCAUGCAGGUUAUACUGAAGGACCCCAAGUGGACCCACAGGGUCAUCUACAUGAGGGGCAGUCCACUCAAAGACUUGGACCUCAAGCGAUGCAGGAUCCAUCAAGCUGAUGCCUGUUUCUUCCUGGCUCCAAGAUCUGCUGUCAACAAAGCCAAAGCAGAUCAACACACGAUUCUCCGGUCGUGGGCGGUCAAAGACUUCGCUCCCAACUGUAAGCAGUACAUCCAACUUUUCAAAGCCAAGAACAAGAUGCAUGUCAAGUUUGCUGAGCAUUUAGUGUGUGAGGAUGAGUUCAAGUACGCCCUUCUAGCCAACAACUGUCUGUACCCCGGCCUGUCCACCCUGGUCUCCCUCCUGGUGCAUACCUCCAGCGGGGACAUCGCCUCGGAGACGUGGCAGCAGGUGUACGGGCGUCAUGCAGGAAACGAGAUCUACCACAUCCAGGUGCAGAAGAGCAUAUUCUUCAGUCAGUACAGCGGGAGUAAGUUCACCGAGGCCUCCGCUGACGCACAUCAGAGGUUUGGCGUAGCUCUGCUGGCUGUCCUGGAUCCGACAGAGAAGGAGCCCAAGCUGCUGCUCAACCCUGGCCCCAAACACAUCCUGAAGAAGACGGACUACUGUUUCUACAUGAGUGUCACCAAAGAGGAGUACUCCCGCAUCAACCCGGAGGCCCUGAAACAAGAGGUGCCCAAGUCAGAGAGAGUUGCAAAGAACCUUGAACAAAUUGCACUGGCCCUGCAGAAGUACCAGAAAGAGGAGGACGAUGAUGACGACGGCGAGAGUGUGUUCGACACCAUCACCAGCCUCAUGGGCCAGGAGAUAACAAAACUCAUUCAAACGAAGAAUGGGAACAAGAAUAACAACGAAAGCAGUGAUGACUUCAUUCAUGUGGAAAAGGGACCGGACGUCAUCAACAUCAAUGAAACACCACAAGACACUCUCGAUGGCGUGUCCCACCGGACAGGCUCCGGCAAGGUGCUGCAGUUCUACAGCGACAUGGGGCAGGAAAGGUUUACAAUAGGUGUUCCCCCCAUUACUAUGUACGUUGGCUCUCGGCGAACUCUGUGUCACAUUGUUGAGGAGUCAAGGCCAUUCUGCUGCCUCAAGUGGGGAACUGCAUGUGAGCACUGUAGCUACAAGACAGCCAAUGAUGACCGCUGGCACAACCAGCUGAUCAUCCUGGCUGCAGAGCAGGCCAGUAGCGGCAUCUAUCACUUCAUUGUCCCACUACGCUCAAACUUCAUCAGCAUGAACGGCCUCAGCCCCAUCAUCCUCCUGGUGGAAGAAGAACCCAGCAAAAUAUUUCUUGAGACAAUAUCAAAAUUCCCACUUGUGUACUGGAUGAAAGGACGAAUUACAAGUGUUGAUGACUUGCUGCAAGCUGGUAUCAACAAAGCUAGCCACCUGGUGGUGGUGAACAGAACUCCCAACCAGAAGGAAGGGGAGGAAACUCUGUGUGAUGCACAGACUAUUGUGGCUGUGCAGACCAUAUUCAGGCUAUUUCCAAAUGCCAACAUUAUUACUGAGCUUAAUCAAGCCAAUAAUAUGAGGUUCAUGCAGUUCCGUGCCCAUGACAUAUACUCCCAGAGGGUCUCACGUCUUGAACAGAAACUGAAGCAGACGAUGGGGUCAAACAUGAGCCACAUCUUCCGACUGCCCUUUGCUGCUGGGCAGGUGUUCAGUGCCAGCAUGUUGGACACUCUCCUGUACCAGACGUUUGUGAAAGGCUACCUGAUUACAUUUGUGAGACUGUUGCUGGGCAUUGAUGCAGAGGAGAAUUCAGGACAUCUCUCCAGUAUCCGGGUUCGGCACACCACUGUAGCAAGGUUUCCUACAUAUGGAGAAUUAUACCAAGGCUUGUGUACUGCCACGGGGGAAAUCCCCAUUGCUAUUUAUAGAACAGAGAGACAGAAAACAAGGGAUGACAUGUCGGAUACAAGCUCAAACAGCUGUACCAGAAAGUUGAGUCAUUCUAGUCACAAGAAUCCGUUUGUUGGAUUCCAACACUCCGACCACCUGAACCUUGCCGAUGUCAUCAGGAAUCGGUUGAAGAGUCUCGACCUCUCUCAGGAUGACUACUGUGAGAGAAGCGUCAGAUCCAAUUCCAUGAUCUCCUACACGAUCGCUAACCCCUCCCCGAAACGCCGCCUCAAAGUAGGGGAUAUAGUAUAUGUGAUUCAGCCCAGUUCUAUGGUAGCGAUUCCCAACAUACAAAAGUGGCGACCACGUGCUCACAGCUACAGCGGACCCAUGCGUUCUUCAGACAAAAUGGCUGACGGAAGACGAGGCUCCCUCUGUACUCCAGCAGCAGAACCUCAGUCUGCCGGCGUCGUCCUAGACAAACCAGUCAUUACACCUAUACUCAAAUCCUCUCUGGUCACACCAGUAACCGACCCCACCAAGUUGUACAGACCUACAGUAAGGCCCUCAUCACCACGGCUACCAACACGAUUUGAGCCGCUGAAUCGUGGUGAUGACACUCCUUCACCCAAAACAAAGAACCCAAAUACAAAUCCCAUUAUUACUGUAACAACAACAGGAAAUCGGAAAUAUGAAGUGCAGAAAGUUGCUGAUGAAGACGUGUAAUUGAACAAAACGAGGAGGACAACUCAUGUUGGAGGGGGCAUGUUGCAUUUUAUUAAGAAAAUGAAUUGAAUGUUCAUGUGACCAUUUGAAACCAAGUUGUGUAGGUGCUGUGAAUGUUAUUUUCAGAUCAACAAAUUAUUACUAGCAACAUGACAUUUCCCCUAAAGACUUAUGUGGGACAAUAACAUUUCUUUUGAUUAUUUAUAUGCAGAAUCAAUAUUUACGAGGAUCAAAAGAUCUCUAAAUGGCUACUGUAUUCUUGUCAUAUGAAACCACCAAUAAUACUCAUCAUUAUAUUCAAGUCAUAUUUUGCCACACAUUCUGGUUUGAACAAUCCCUUUUGGAGCUGGUCAUUUUUGACUGGAAAAUUGUGUUGUUUGUUUGCUGCUGCAGAUGAUUACCACAUGAAUAAAUGUUUUAUACCAUUCCACGGAUAGUCCGAUGUAAUGUGUUAGCCUGUUUGGCAGUUACUUUCUGUGUAUUUUUGUUUGUGUGGAAAGUGGUUCAUGUUCCUAGUGUAGCAGUUGCUGGGAGCAAAGGCUAGCAAACAGCUGAGAGUUGUUCUCUUGUUAAGACUUGUGAAGUGUUGGUACUGGUGAAUGGAUUCUAUUUUUCUGUCCAUGCUAACAAGCAUCAGCAUGGUCAGGUUCAUCCUUAAUGAUGAAGCCAUGUACAAACACCAAAACUUCUUUUUGUUGCUUCAAGAUUUGUUGUAUGAGAGUUAUUCUGUUGAUGUCUGAGUGGGAAAAAUACCAAUGUAUUUACUCAAUGAGCCUUUUCUUGCAAACCAACAUUGUGAUUUAGCUUUAUGUACAACCUCUAGAACAGGUACCACAAAUGUUUUGUUUGUGGUAAAUACCACACUCAUUGUCCAAUGUCAUUAUUUAGUAGCCAAUACUUCAUUAUCAUGCUGCAAGUUUAAUAUAUGCUUGGAACGCUCUUUGAAUCUCAGAUAUUAAUUAACAAAAUGAGCUCCAAUAAAUUCCUAAUUGUGUGAGUUUUGGGUGCUUUUGGCUUUCUGUCUGUUGUCAUCACUGAAGAGGGAUAAUCAAGACUGGUGAUUCCCAGUCACUGACCUGUAAUGUUUCUGUGAAGACGCAGCUGCAUGUGUCCCAGCUGUACCACCAGCAGGCCAAUUGGAUGUGUAACUCCCCUGAGCUUGCUGUGGAGGCUGCUGUUUACCUUGUUAGUACACAAUUUGGUUUAAAUUGUUCAUUAUAUAUCUGGAAUUAUGUGUGCUAUCCAUUAUAUUGAUUUUAUGCAAAAUAUUGUUCAUUGUGAAUUGAAUUGAUCAAGAAAUUGCAUCAAGUCGCCAUUAUGUACAGCAACUAUCAUCAGAUUUAUAUUUUUGUAAAGUUGUGUUUCAUGAAUAUAUGCUCUGCUUCAGCCUGAACAUAGCAUACUGUCCAAAACUCUGUGUCAUUCCUGAGAUUUGCAUCAUAGAGAUUCCAGGAUCUGUUUCAGGUGUUAUGUAUAUCCAUUCCAAGGAGGUGGUGAUGUUACAAUAUGAAGCUAUUGUAGGGAAUGGGUCUGCAAUUUAUCUGAAUACAAUGUAAUUCUCUGGAUUACCCAGUGUGAAAGAAACAAUGGCAGGAAGAGAAGUUACAUUGUAGUCCAAUGGUACUUUGAUACAUUCAGACAAUGUAUUUAUAUCAGUUGUCAUGUGCCAGUAUUGUGAUGUUAGACAAGGGAAAUAACUGCAGUGGUGAUUACAACAUUCAAGCCCUUAGCAAAGCUAUUUUACAUAGUGUUUUGAAAUUUGACCCCUGUCCAUGACAAACAUUAUGUCAAUUCUCUCUGUUGGUGUUUUUCAAGUUAAAACUGGACUUCCCUUUUACCAGAUACUUCUCAUGUAAAAUAUAUUUUUGAUGGCUUUAAAAGAGAAACAAACCAAUUGACACUUAAGAAAUAAUAAAGCAGGAUCAUCCAGAGAGGAAUUUGCUUUGUUGUUGACUAGCAGUCAAUGAAGACACAAGAUACCUUCCUAUAAUCUGCAGGUCCAUUACCGAAGGCACAUGAAGCAUCCCUGUAUAGGUUUGUGAAGCAUAGUUUAACCUACAAUAUAUCCAUUUGCAGAAUAGUCCUGUGUGUAUCAGAUCCUCAGUUUGUACAUAUUACCAUAUCCCAGUCAGUACCAAUGACCGAAAAAAUGGCCUUGUUCAACCUGAUAUAUAACUGACCGCACCAUGAACAUAAGAAUGUGUUGGAGUUAUUCUAGAGAAUCAAAGUGUUAAUCUUGUCAUUUGAGGUACACUGCUCAAAGCCUUGCCAUUGCAACAUGCAUUACCUGUACUUAUAUGUUUGCAGCAGGUGAUAUUGCUUCUUCCAGUGUUUGGUAUAUACUGUGUUCAUCGGUUGUAUAUAGCAUACAAGCAUCAGUAUACGUUCCAAGAGCACAUGUCAGAGAGGUGAAGAUAACAAUAAUAAAUUGCUAAAUCAUUUA